AUGAUAGACGACAGAAAUCUACUUUCAUAUUUCACCCUUUCCUGUUUUCUCUUCAAUAUAUUUCUUUCACUCUUUUUGCUUUCUCAAUUUCGCCUAUUAUUCUCUCACUCUUUUUCUUCAUGUUAUUCCUUCUUUUCUUUUUCGUAUUCCAGCUUCAUUUUUUCGUUCUUUUUUAGUAACGGUCUCAACCUCAUUCUUCUCAUAAACACUCAAACGUUUAUUCUUUCUUUGAUUUCUUUCUUCUUUUUUCACUUGUGUACUAAAUUCCUUCUUUUAUUUUCGCUAAAAUAUUCAUUCUUUAUUUCAUUUUUUUUUCGCUUAAAUCUUUAUUCUUUCAUUUCUUUUUUUCUUUUUCGCUUUCAACCCUUUUCAUUUAAUUUUCUUUUACUAUACUUCAGAUUUAUUCAUUCUUUUCAUACACGCUCAAGACUUCCAUCUUUCAUUCCAAUUUUUCUGUCUCUCUUUAAACUUUACGUUUUCAUUCCUUUUUCUUUUUCAAGCUUCAUUCUUUCGUUUCAUUUUCCUUCACUGUUUCAAAUUGAUACCGUAUUUCAGAUUCGGUCCAAACUACCUUCUUUCAUUACAAUUUUUCUCUUUAAUAUUCAUUCUUUUCAUUUCUUCCUUUUUCUUUCAUGUUCCAUUUUAUUUGUUUUACUUUCCUCAACUUCUUUUUUUUUUCAGUCAUGUUUUCUGCCUUUUUUAUUUUUUCUCUCUUUUGUUUUGUUUGUACUUGAUUCUUCUUCUUUAUACCCUUUCUCUUUUCUCCUUUUAGCCUACUACCUUUCUUUCUCUAUUCCCAUCUCCUUUCUUUCUUUUCCCUUUCCUUUCCCUUUUUUUAAAAAGUACGCAACGCGGAACUGUCCUUUCCUUCCUCCAUUACGGUGGCAUUUCCUUCCUCUUUGCCUUCCUUUCUUCCUUCCUUCCUUUUUCCUCCCUAAAUUCAUUACUUCAUUCGCUCAUUCAUUUACGUUCAUGGUUCUUUCUUUUCUCGGCAUUUUUUCUUGCGAACUUUCUCGUCAUUAUUCUUGUUCUUUCCUCUUUUCUCUCUCUUUCUUUCCUUUUGCAUUUGCUGUAGUUCCUUUUAUUUUCAACUGGAAUUUUUUUUGCCUUCUUUUAUCUCUAUUUUUAUUUUCUUUAUUUAUUGUUCUUAUUUUUCUCCCUUCUUUCUUUCUUUUUUAUCUAUCUGGUUUAAUUUAUUUGAUUUUCUUUUUCAUCUCUCUUUAUCUUUUUAUUUGUUCUUUAUUUCUUUCUUUCUUUCUUUCUUUCUUUCUUUCUUUCUUUCUUUCUUCUCUGACUUUAUUUAUAUCUUAUUUGCUCUUUCAUUCUUUAUUUUUCUGA